GGAUCCCAUAUUCUCCAGGCUCUGCUUUUUAGGACAUGAAAAACAAUCAUCUUUCUCCACAAAAGUUCUCUUCUCCUUUUGAAAUUACCUGUCCACCUCUAGUGUAUUAAUUAGUCUUGAAGAUAUGAUGCAAAGUGAUAUCAACUCUCCCUGCCCAUUAUCCAUGUUACUUCACAUGAGAUCAUGGCAUUGGUUACUCACUCACAAUUUGAUCACACUCUUCUUGAUUUACCCACUUCUGGCUAUUCCAAGUAUCAUCCCCCUCAAUGGUACAUGUCAUGAUAAAUGUGGCAGCAUCCCCAUAAGCUUUCCAUUUGGUUCUGGUUUUGGUUGUGGGCAUCCUGAUUUUUCUCGGUACAUAAAUUGUAGUUCUGGGAUUCUCCAGUUCUCCACCGGCACUGGCAGUUACACGAUAUCUUCGAUAGACUAUGCAAGCAACACUCUUGUCAUUGCCGAUCCCCUUAUGUCUACUUGUUCGUCAAUGCAGAACUCUGGAAGCUUUACAUUGGAUCGUGCCAGCCCGUUUAGUAUAAUGCCAAAUAAUAUAUUUGUGUUGGUGGGAUGUUCCACCACGUCUCCGGUUUUUGAUCGUAAUGCUGAUUUUUGUGAUACAGGUUCUGGUUUGAAUGUGUGUAGGGGUUUGUAUUCUUGCAAAGGGGUGACAGGUAUUGGACUGGAACCAAAUGCACCAAUAUCUACGUGCUGUGUCUAUGAUCCGGCAACGUCACUUAGUUCAGGGUAUGGUUUGGAUCUUCCUAAGCUUCAGUGUUCAUCGUACUCGGCAAUAUAUGGAUUUGGAGGGAAUGAAGGGGAUCCGAUGAAAUGGCAAUAUGGGAUUUCAUUGCAAUACAACGACUCGUAUUACAGUAAUUCGUGCAAGAAUUGCGAGGAUAGUGGAGGAUUCUGUGGGUUCUCUGGUUCGGAUGAGUCGUUUGCUUGUAAAUGUCGUAACGGUGUCAACUCCACCAUCAAUUGCUAUGGAAGAGGAUAUGGUUGGAGUGGGACAAGCAGACACAAAAUUCAAACACCAUUGACAAUUGGAGGGUUCUUGCUUUCAUGGAUGAUUAUUGCUUUCUUUUAGACAAGCACUUUAGCUGAUUUCUGUCCUGAGUUGGAGAACAUUCGAAACUUGUCAAAUUCUUGGGAGGGAUCGAUGCUUUUAAUGAGAAGCAGUUGUGUUUUUUACAUCCAGAUUGAGUGGAAAUUUACCUCAGUGUUUCAAAGUUAACUAUAUAUAUCUAUCAUUGCCUAUGUAUUUGUCAUAGUAAUAUAUGCGGCAGCCCAUCCUUAA